AUGGUUUUAUUUCUUCUCACAACGUUACUCAAAAUUUUAACACUCGCAGUCCCUCUCUUAGUUGCUGUCGCGUAUCUCACACUUGCCGAAAGAAAAGUCAUGGGAUCUAUGCAAAGAAGAAAAGGACCCAAUGUUGUUGGUUUCUUCGGAAUCUUACAACCAUUAGCGGAUGGUUUAAAACUGCUCGUCAAAGAACCGGUCUUGCCUAGUAGUUCCAAUAUUUUACUUUUUUUAGGCGCACCUUUUAUGACAUUUUUAUUAGCCCUCAUUUCUUGGGCUGUUAUUCCCUUCGACGAAGGAGUUGUUCUCUCAGAUUUAAAUCUUGGCAUUCCCUACAUCUUUGCAAUCUCUUCUCUUGGUGUUUAUGGAGUUAUCAUUGCUGGAUGGUCAAGUAACUCGAAAUAUGCUUUUCUUGGAGCUCUUCGAUCAACCGCACAAAUGGUAUCUUAUGAAGUGUCAUUAGGACUUGUUCUUAUUACUGUUUUAUUAUGCGUGGGAUCUCUCAAUUUAUCAACGAUUGUUCUGGCACAAAAACAUGUAUGGUUUGGACUGCCUCUCUUUCCUUUACUUGUAUUAUUCUUUAUCUCAUGUUUAGCUGAAACAAAUCGUGCACCUUUUGACUUACCUGAAGCUGAAGCAGAACUUGUAGCCGGAUAUAACGUAGAAUAUUCAUCAAUGGGAUUUGCUUUAUUCUUUUUAGGAGAAUAUGCAAACAUGAUUUUUAUGAGUGUACUCUGCGCUUUACUCUUUCUGGGUGGUUGGUUACCUCCGAUGAAUAUUUUUUUAUUUUCUUGGGUUCCAGGACCGGUCUGGCUUGGUCUGAAAACGAUUAUUUUUCUUUUUUUAUAUAUUUGGACACGUGCAGCCUUUCCAAGGUACCGUUAUGAUCAGUUAAUGAAACUAGGUUGGAAAGUAUUCCUUCCUUUAUCACUCGCAUGGGUUAUUUUUGUGGCUGGAACGUUGGUCGCUUUUGAUUUGUUACCGUAA